UGCUCAAGGACACCGGCUCAGACAACUACAUCGAAAGCAGCAAGUUGAACCUCGUGUCACAGGCUGUCACAGAAGAAGUCAGUGGGUCAAAGCUGUUCUGAGAAAAGAAGAUUGACGCAACCAUGGACCAGGCAAGGUCAACAAUAUCUAAAAUUUUUAAUGGGGAGCCUCACUCCUACACACGUUUCAACCUAACCCGGAACAUGGAAGGGGAUAACAGCCAGGUGGAGAUGAAGCUGUCGUCAGACAUGGAUGAGGAGACAGGGGGCAAUGGCGCGGGAGAACACCUGAAUCACAACUCCAACCGCAAACCCUACGUGGCUCAAAAGCUCGGGCGCACACCAAAGAACCUUUGCUUCAUGGCCGUCGCCACCCUCCUCAUCUUUAUCAUCGGCUACUUGAUUGGCUACUUGGUUCAUCGGAAGAAGGACUUGGCUCCCACCUGUGCUGACUUCACGGUCCGUUUUGACAACGGUGCUGCCAUCGAGACGGGUGCUGCCCCCCUCAUGAACUGGGACAAGGUCAAAAAGCUGCUUGCUGAACAAGUCUCUGCAGCCAAAUUCGAUUCUGUCUUUAGGGAGUUUUCCAGUGACAACCACCGGGCCGGUUCUCUGAGUGAUGAGGUCCUGGGAGAGAAGGUGGUCAAGAGGUUCAGAGAGUACGGGAUGAAAACCUGGACCGACGAGCACUUUGUUAAGGUUCAGGACGCCCCAGCGUCUGGCUCCAACAGCUUUAGUUACAAGGGGAAGCAGGAGAGUCCAACGGGAUUCCUGUCCUACAGUGCCAACGGAACAAUAACGGGUGCCCUCUUGGAUGUGUUUUACGGGGAGGAGAAGGACUUGAGGUUGCUGAAAAGCCGUAACGUCAACAUGACAGGCAGGGUCAUGCUGGUCAGAACCGGUCGGAUCAGCUUUGCGGAGAAGGUAGCCAAUGCUGCCAAAAUGGGUGCUUCUGCUGUGCUGAUCUACCCAGAUCCCUCUAAAUUCUCUAUUGGUGGAUCCACUCAGCUCUAUGGACAUGUCCACCUUGGUUCAGGGGAUCCCUACACCCCCGGCUUCCCUUCCUUCAACCACACCCAGUUCCCACCAGUCAUCUCCUCAGGCCUGCCAAAAAUCCUGGCCCAGACCAUCACCCUAGACAUGGCCAUGAAGAUUCUGCAGCAGCUGGGGGGGGCCAAUGCACCGGAAGAAUGGAAAAGCCCGAACAAACUUGGGGAUGACAGCGAUGCUAUUACCUUGGGGGUCGACAACGUGCUCAGUGAGAAAAAGAUAGUAAAUGUCUUCGGGGUCAUCAAAGGCUUUGUGGAUGCAGAUCGAUAUGUGGUCAUUGGUGCACAGAGGGACGCAUGGGGUCCAGGUUUUGCCGCGUCAACUGUCGGUACCAGCGUCCUUGUCGAGCUGGCACGCUCCAUCUCAGAUAUGGUGGAGAAUGGUGGAUUCAAGCCGAGGAGAAGCAUUGUGUUUGCCAGCUGGAGCGCUGGAGAAUAUGGGAGUGUUGGCGCCACCGAGUGGCUGGAGGGUUAUCUUUCCUCUCUGAGCAUGAAAGCCUUCUCUUACAUCAACCUGGACGGAGUUGUAACAGGUCAGAAAUAUUUCAAAGUGGCAGCCAGUCCCUUGCUGCACGGCCUGGUCGAGAGCACUCUGAAGGAGGUGAACUACCCGAACAAAGCUGUGUCUCUCUUUUCUGAAUUUGCAAAGGACAACAUGGAAUCAAAUGUGUUGGAGCCUCUGAAGUUGGAUAACGCUGCAUAUCCUUUCCUCGCCUUUUCUGGCAUCCCGUCAGUAUCUUUCAGAUUCACCUCUGAGAACUCUGACUACCUGUACUUCGGCACCACGCUGGACACCCGGGAGAAACUGGACGGGGCCACCAGCAACAAGGUGUCUCAGCUGGCUGAAGCCGCCACGCGGGUCGCAGGUCACAUGGUGCUGAGGCUGGUCCAUGAUCAUCUGCUGCGCAUGGACGUGGAGAAGUACAACAAAAUCAUACGCAAUCGCGUGGCUCAGAUCAACAACAAGGUUCAUUCUGUGCUGAGGAUGCAGCCCCAGCUUCUGUCCAAGGUGCUGACCAUGCAGUGGCUGAUGUCGGCCUACGGCUCCUACAGCCGGGCCUCCAGCAAGCUGGCAGCAGACAUCCAGAACAGCAACGUGGAGGACAUUGAGAUGUGCCGCACCCUUAAUGACCGCAUCAUGACGGUGGAGAGGAACUUCCUGUCCCCCUACGUGUCCCCCAGAGAGAGUCCAUUCCGCCACAUCCUGCUGGGCUCAGGCCCCCACACUCUGCAGGGUCUGUACGGCCACCUGGAGGCCCUCAGGAUGGACCACCCCGAAGCCGACUUCAACCUGUUCCGAAGCCAGUUUGCCCUAGCCACCUGGACCAUCCAGGGCUGUGCCAACUCACUCGCAGGGGACGUGUGGUCUCUUGAUAACGAAAUCUAAAAAAAAGUAACCCCCCCCACUUCCUCCCUUGUUCAUCAUUUGGUCGUCUUAUUCACAAACGGCAGUGUAAAACAGCUUUAACAUUCAUUUAAGCUUAGAUUUAAAUUGGAGCUGUUCAGUAAUUCAUUCUACUUUGAGACAUGAGCUCAUGUUCCCCCUUUCUGAAAUUAUUUUUAAAAAAAGCCUUACUUUUAUUUAAAGAAUACACAAAAAAAAAAGUAAAGUAAUCCUUGGCAAAAAGGAUGUUUUUUCGUUUAAAUGAAAUGAAGUAUUCUAAAUACUCUGGUGCUAGCAACAAUUAGCUUCAAAUGGUCCUAUAGGUGACACUUAAAAUGUAGUCACAGUAAGUCUGUGUAAAGCAGCUCGGAGAGGAAGAAAACACAAAAUUCCUGUAUGAUAAGAUAAAGAGCAUAAUGAUUACAAAUCCAAACUGCUGGUAAUAUUACUGCUGCUGAAGCCCCGUGUAAAAACCUGGUACGUUUUUUACCGGAAGUUAAAAUAUCAUUCUGCGCAGAAACUUGUGACUCUAUUCGUAGUCAGAAAUGUGUGAGUUGCCUAAAUAGAAGAGAUGAUGAAAUAACAAUCAAACAGCAGUUCUGUUGCACUAAAUUAGGGCUGGGCAAUAAACCAAUUUAAUAUAAAUUCCUUGAAUAUCGAAAAUGACGUCAUUUCCUGCUUUUGAAGGCACAGUACAAUACAUUGAUGUUAUUUUCUAAAUGUGCCAUUACUGUUCUAGGAGUUCUAUUUUUUUCUUAUUAGAAGUUGUUGAAUUUACAUUACUGAUGCCAAUUAUCCAAAUUCUCAUUGUUUUUUUAUAUGCACUAUGGUCAACCCUACAAUAUCCUCAUGAUAUUGCGUUUAAAGAAUAUCGCCCAGCCCUACACGGAAGCUGUUUGAAAGUUUGGCGGCAUCGUUACAAAAAAAGUCCACGCAACAAUCAAUAAUAAAAAAUGAAGAAUAGGCCUUUGAAAAACCAAGGGGAGGGUCUGAAGGCACUGAAACAAACCGUACGUCUAUUUAUUGUGUUAUUUAUUUAUCAGUGGCAGGGUUCACUAUAAAUAGUAUUUUUUAUUAACUUUUUAUAAAAAAUGAAAAAUAAUGUGUAUAAUUAUCGGGAGCAGCGCCUUCCAUAAUUAUGACAGUUAUACUGUUGAAAUAUCAAGAGCAGCAUCUGCUUAAAAAGAAGUGUACAUGUCGACCUGGACUGAAGUACGAACAAUCGUAACGCACAACUCUGGAUUGUGUUUUCCUUUAAACUGACACUGGAUUGGUCUCUUCAGGUCCCUCGGUACAUGUACACUUCUCGUCCUGACAAUAUUAUCGGGAGCAGUGUCUUCCAUAAUGUGAAUAAAAGAAGAAGGUAGUUUUUUCCUACCAGUAUGUGUCCGUAUCGGAGGCAGUGCCCUCCAUAUUUCACUGUAGGAGUGGAUGUUUUUAUUAUCGGGAACAGUGUUUCCCAUAAUCCGUGUAAAUAUACAGAACAUUGCUGCAUCAUGUCCGCAUCUUCAGAUCCCAUUUCACGAUGCUUAUGUUGUUUCCCGCUUAUGAAACUUACUUAUGAAACUUAUGACUUAUGAUUACUUAUGAAACUUACGGAAGAGGAUAAGGGUCUUUGUUUUUAGUUCUGAGAGAAAGUCAGAAUUCUGAGAGAAAAAAAGUCUGUGGUAAGAGAAUUCUGAGACUUUUUUCUCAGAAUUCAGAAAUUAUUAGUAUUUCAGAUUUUCAUCUAAGAAUUCAGAUAUUUUUUCCUCAGAAUUCUGAAUUUAAUCUCAGAAUAAAAAAAUAAAUAAAAGAAGACACUUUGGUCAGAUCUGUCCCGAAUCCUCUGCAGUAGGCUCUUUAUAAAAACAUUUGUAACAUAAAAAAGCUAAGCUUAGAUUGUUAUGGGUUUAUUUAUGUAUCAUUUUAAUCUGAUGUUGCCUUUUCUUUCGGUUUCAUGCUAUGUAAGCCUUUUCUUUUUGUAACGAACAUUUUUGCGGCCAGUGGUUACAGAGCGGUGGUCAACUCUUACAAAACAUGUUUGUUUUUGAUGAUUCAGCCGUGUGAAAGUUACAUUCUACCUUCUUUGUGUGAAUUCAUUGUUUAAAAUUUCCUUGUGCCUUUUUUGUGUGCCAUGACUGCAUAGUAGAGCUGCAUUUCUACAUACAGUACUUAAAGAGUUUGCAGAGUAUGCUUGUUUGGCUUGUUUAGUUUUUACAUUUCUGCGUUUAGUUUGUUUCUGUUGUAUGCUAGAAUCAAAAGUUACUGGGUUAAAGACCUGUUAACACUUUCUUUUUUUUAGAUGAUGUCACGGGACGAAUGUUAAUUGUAAAAAAUCAAUGUAAAUGGGAUUUAAAAAUUACACACUGAAUGUUACAGUAGUUAACUUCCUUGAGCUAAUCUGCUAAAUGUUGUCACUUGAAUUCUUAUUUUUGUAUGAAACACACCAUGCCUCGGCAAAAUAACUUGUUUUAGAUCAAAACAACUUGUUUUAGAUCAAAACAACUUGUUUUAGAUCACCAGCCUUUUUAAAAUGGUCCAAUAACCAUUCAGAGUUUGAGUGAUUCAACUGAUCUGUCGUGGAAGUUACAUUGCUAAUAUUGCCAUCUUGCUGAGGAUACAGACAUAGAAAUUAGGUCGCAAUACCAGUCUUUGUUGGACUUUCAAAAUUCUGAAUUUGUGGAUAGUGUUUUUUUUUUCUUCGACUGUAUACAAAUUUGCUUAGCUUCACAUUUUCGUUGCUUCAAUAAACAAUCACAUCACA